UGCUCUCAGCAUCACCAACCGAAGGAGACAUCCAGCAUCCCUAGACCACUGGAGCGCCUACAGAGACCUCCGACGAGACGUGGACAUUGCUUUUUUUAUUUGACUUGAUUAAAAACCUGCUGUUUUGUUGGAAUUUAGGCUUCCUGACCGUCUUGAUAUUAAAUCUUUCCUUUGUGUGGAUGAUUUUGCAUCUCCUUGAUGCGCAGUGUUAUCAAGGAUAAACCCAGACAGCCAUUACUGCGGCUCUUGUUUUGCUAAAGCAUCGUGGAGGAGAGAAAAUUUCCUGCUUUGCAGUAACAGAGCCCUCAUCCAUACCAACAUCAUUCUUCCAUAAAUAGAACACCAACCUAAAUUUGGAUGUCUAACAGAUUGAACUAGUCUCAGGAAGCAGUGGGCUCCAGUUUGGCGCCUUCUUUAGCUGACCCCUAACCUUGAGUUCCUGAUAUCCCACUCCUGGCAUCAUGGGAACCGUGCUAUCGCUUUCACCCAGCUACCGGAAGGCCGCCUUGUUCGAGGAUGGCCCAGCCACUGUGGGCCACUACACGGCGGUUCAGAACAGCAAGAACGCCAAAGACAAGAACCUAAAACGGCACCCACUCAUCAACGUACUGCCAUGGAAGCGAAUAGUAGCCGUUUCAGCUAAGAAAAAGGGGUCUAAGAAGGUGCAGCCUAACACCACCUACCAGAACAAUGUUUCUCACCUCAACAAUGAGAACCUCAAGAAGUCCCAGUCAUGUGCAAAUCUCGCCUCCUUUACACAGGACCAGACGAGUCCGUCAAACCAAGGCUCCAAAAACUCUAACAACACAGCUUCCUCGGUCAAGAAAGCACCUCUUUCUAACUCCAAUGCUGUCCCUGGGACACCCAAGAGGGUGAUCGUCCAGGCCUCCACCAGCGAGCUUCUGCGUUGUCUUGGGGAGUUCCUCUGCCGGAGGUGCUAUCGGCUGAAGCAUCUUUCCCCUACGGACCCCGUGUUGUGGCUCCGCAGCGUGGACCGUUCUCUGCUCCUGCAGGGCUGGCAGGACCAGGGAUUCAUCACCCCGGCCAAUGUGGUUUUCGUCUACAUGCUCUGUCGAGACGUGGUCUCCUCUGAGGUGGCCACAGAGCACGAGCUGCAGGCCGUCCUGCUGACCUGCCUCUACCUGUCUUACUCAUACAUGGGCAAUGAGAUCUCAUACCCUCUCAAGCCAUUCCUUGUGGAGACCUCCAAGGAGACAUUCUGGGACCGCUGUCUGUCCAUCAUCAACUUAAUGAGCGCCAAGAUGCUGCAGAUCAACUCGGAUCCUCACUAUUUCACCCAGGUCUUUGCAGACCUUAAAAACGAGAGCCAGAAGGAGGAGGAACGGAGUCGUCUGCUUAUUGGCCUGGACCGGUGAGGGGGCUUUGGAGAUGUCUUUGGUGACUCUGAUCUGGCAUUUUUUAGGGAAAGUUCAUGCAAAAUUUUUUAUUUUGUUAAAUUUACUCACUGUCAUGUCAAUCCAACCUUGUAGGGCCUUCUGUGGAACAUGAAAGAAGUUACUCCAUUACAUUCUGAGAAUCAAUUGGAUCAUUUUGGACCUAGUUGGAUUUGAUUUGUACAAAAGAAGGGUUUCACAGCAUUGACACAUGGCAAAAUCUUGCUCCAUAAGGACUAAAGGUGAUGAUACAUAGGCCAACGUUCAGAGCAAUGUUGCCAUCAAAUAACAACGAGGUGAGACACAGGGCAACUAUUUAGCGGACCAAAAUUGGGCCCCAAUCAUAAAGCUAAACAUUCUUGAACAGCUUAACUAGCUGAAUGCAAGACUGCAUGUCGACUAUCAUAGCAAAAGCGAAGCAGAAUAUUGCUUAACAUAAUAAUAAUAAUAAUAAUAAAGCUAAUAUCCGCUUGUUAAGUCGUGGCAUGUGGAAUACUGUUUCCUUGUCCAAGCCACUACUCGUUUGAAUUGAGAAAAUAUUCGUUUAUGGCCACUUUUUAGUCCUAUCACCCAUUAAAGUGCAUUUUAUAUAAAAUCAUAGUGCACACAUCGGUUACCAAAAUUUUUAUAUAUAUAUAUAUAUAUAUUGCGUACAAUAUUUUCAUAAGUAUGACAACAAUUUUUAAACUUUUAUUAUUACAAUUUGAUGAGUCUCCCCAUACAGUUUGACAUAGCGCUUGGUUACAGAAGCCGCUUUGCGGAAAGUCACACUUAACAAGCGGAUAAGUAAGCCAUGCCAUGGAAGUACAUUACAAACGCACCAAAACUUAGACCUUCACAAAAGUAUAAAAGGAAAGCUAAUUCACUGUUUGACAUUGUAGGCAUUAAAUUACAUAAAAAACCAAGACAACUUACCAAAAUAA